CUACGGCUGGGUCAGAGCCAUGGCCGUCUGCAGAUCUGCUGUGACUCCUCUCCUUGACAGGGCAGUCUCAGUCCAGCUCUGGGACUUCCAGCCCCUUGUGGCCCUGAGGAAGAGACAGGACCCCAGGGCGACCGUUGGGGAGAGCGCCCAAGGCCGAGCCACGGGGUCAGGUCCUGCGGAAGCAUCAGAGCUCGCAGAGGCAAGCUGCGCUGCCGCACCCCAGGCAACUGUCGGGGAAGAGGCGCCACGGAGCAGAGCCAGCCUCGUAGGGCCCCUGGUGGCCCGCCAGGAAGACUAUGCGGGAGGGAGCCCUUCGGAGCCGGUGGGUAUCAGAAAGCCCCGAGAGUGGCCUACAGCUUGGAGCCCCCAGGGGGGCGCGCGGCGAGUGCCACAGAGCUUUCGGCAGAGGUCAGACGUGGGAAACGCCUGCGCGUGCCGCCAGACCUCUGCACAGCUAGCUCUGAGCGCAGCGCCUGCGCUCCCACCGCGGCGAGGGGCCCUGCGAGAGCGGGACUGCGGGCGCGCGGUCGGGCUCACAUGCAAAUGGCUGUGGCGCGUUGUGCUGCUCCGAGUGCGGCGGGGCCUUCCCUGCAGCACCGGGGGGUGCAGGGUACCUGGCACAGCCAGCCAGCCCCCUCCGAGGCCUCGGCGGGGGCGCGGCGCGGCUGUCCCUCCCUGCUCCUCGGAAGCCGAGGCCCUGAGCGUCCAAACACCUGCUCAGAAGCGGCCUCCAGCGCCCGAGGUGCGCUCCAGCAAAGCCUUGGCGAAAACCCUGGGCCAGCGCCACCACCAGGCCCCUCGUAGAGCCUUCAGGCAGCAAUGGUGUUUAGGGUUAUUAAAACAAACAAAAAAUGGUUAAUCCGCACCAGGCACAUUCACU